AUGUCUUCGCGGCCGGAUCUCAGGGUAGACGAUGAAGUCGGCUUCAUCCGCUUCUACCGCUCCAUCUCCUCCAACAACACCAACACCAACACCAACACCGAUAAUAACAAUGACACCAUCCGCAUCUUCGACCGCGGCGACUGGUACUCGGCCCACGGGACGGAGGCCGAAUUCAUCGCGCGCACGGUCUACAAGACGACCUCGGUGCUCCGCAACCUGGGCCGCAGCGAGACGGGCGGCCUCCCCUCGGUGACGAUGAGCGUGACGGUGUUCCGCAACUUCCUGCGCGAGGCGCUCUUCCGGCUGAACAAGCGGGUGGAGAUCUGGGCGACGGCGGCGACGGGCGGCGGGCGCGGCACGGGCUCGUGGAAGCUCGCCAAGCAGGCCAGCCCCGGCAACCUACAGGACGUGGAGGAGGAGCUGGGCAGCGUCGGGGCGCUGAGCCUGGACGCGGCGGCGCCCAUCAUCCUGGCCGUCAAGAUCUCCGCCAAGGCCGGCGAGGCGCGCCACGUCGGGGUGUGCUUCGCGGACGCGAGCGUGCGCGAGCUCGGCGUGAGCGAGUUUUUAGAUAAUGACGUCUACUCGAACUUCGAGUCCUUGGUCAUCCAGCUGGGCGUCAAGGAGUGUCUGGUGCAGAUGGACGCCGGGCGCAAGGAUGUCGAGCUGGCCAAGAUCCGCGCGAUCGCGGACAGCUGUGGCAUUGCGGUGUCGGAGCGGCCCGCUGGGGAUUUUGGGGUGAAGGAUAUUGAUCAGGAUUUGACGCGGUUGUUGCGGGAUGAGCGGUCCGCGGGGACGCUGCCGCAGACGGAGUUGAAGCUGGCGAUGGGCGCCGCCGCGGCGCUGAUCAAGUACCUCGGGUAUCAGCUGUUUCAGCAUGAUCUGUCGCAGUUCAUGAAGCUCGACGCGUCGGCCCUGCGCGCGCUGAACCUCAUGCCCGGUCCGCGGGACGGAUCCAAGUCCAUGAGUUUGUUCGGCCUGCUGAAUCACUGCAAGACCCCCUGGCUGAAGCAGCCGCUCAUGGAUCGCGCGGAGAUCGAGAAGCGGCAGCAGCUGGUGGAGGCCUUUGUGACGAUGCAGGAAGAGCAUCUGCGGUCGAUCCCUGACUUGUAUCGCCUCGCGAAGCGAUUUCAGCGCAAGCAGGCCACCCUGGAGGAUGUGGUCCGUGUGUACCAGGUUGCGAUUCGUCUGCCAGGGAUUGUUGCUUCGCUGGAGAACACCCCACUCGAGAAAGAAUACACCCUCAAGCUGCGCGGUUUCUCAGAUAGUCUGGCCAAGCUGGAGGAGAUGGUCGAGACCACCAAUCACGAGUUCAUCAUCAAGCCGGAGUUUGAUGAGAGCUUGCGCAUCAUUCGCAAGAAGCUGGAUAAGCUGCGACAUGAUAUGAACGUAGAGCACCGUCGGGAGAAUCACCGUGUGCAUGGAUGGUGCUUCCGGCUCACUCGUAACGAGGCUGGUUGCAUCCGGAACAAGAGAGAGUAUCAGGAGUGCUCGACGCAGAAGAACGGCGCGCUGCGCCGCGAGCAUGACCAGCUUUCGUCCAACUACAACCGCACUCAGACUGGUCUGGUCAGUGAGGUGGUCAACGUGGCGGCCUCUUACUGCCCUGUGCUGGAGCAGCUUGCCGGCGUUCUCGCCCACUUGGAUGUUGUGGUGAGCUUUGCCCAUGCCGCUGUUCAUGCCCCAACGCCGUAUGUCCGUCCCAAGAUGCACCCGCGCGGCACGGGAAAUACCAUUCUGAAGGAGGCCCGCCAUCCCUGCAUGGAGAUGCAGGAUGACAUCUCGUUCAUCACCAACGACUCGUCCUUCCUCAUCAUCACCGGUCCCAACAUGGGCGGUAAAUCGACCUAUAUCCGGCAGAUCGGAACGGGAUGCUUUGUGCCGUGCAGCGAGGCCGAGCUGACCAUCUUCGACUGCAUCCUUGCGCGUGGCAUGCUGGAAACCUCCAACAUCCUCAAGUCGGCGACCUCCGAGUCCCUGAUCAUCAUCGACGAACUCGGCCGUGGAACGAGCACCUACGACGGUUUCGGUCUGGCGUGGGCGAUCUCCGAGCACAUCGUCACCGAGAUCCGUUGCUUCGGGCUCUUCGCCACCCACUUCCACGAGCUGACAGCCCUGGCGGACCGGUACCCCAAGUCCGCGAAGAACCUGCACGUCGUUGCCUUCAUCGGCGAUGGGGCCGACGGGCAGCAGCCCAAAGACGACGCGCAAGACGCCAAGCGCAACCAGGUCACCCUGCUGUACCGGGUGGAGCCCGGCAUCUGCGACCAGUCCUUCGGGAUCCACGUGGCCGAACUGGUGCGCUUCCCCGAGAAGGUGGUCAACAUGGCGCGGCAGAAGGCGGACGAGCUGGAGGACUUCACCUCUGCUGGAACCCAAGGCGAUGGCGAGGAGUCAGCCCCGUCCUCCAUCGAUAAAUAUUCCCAGGAGGAAGUCGAAGAGGGCAGCGCUCUUCUAAAGGAGAUGCUGCUCAAAUGGAAGGCGGCCGUCGAGUCACCCGGGACGAACCUCACCGUGGAGGAGAAGCGUCAGAUCAUGCGCGAUCUGGUGAAGAGCGAUCCCAAGCUGCAAGCGAACAAAGUGUUCCAGAGCAUUAAGGCUCUGAAUGACAACAUGCUCAUGAGCGAUGGGUUGUUACGGGUAUUCUGGCCAUACGAUUUGCCGCGAUCGUCAUCGCCGGGGGUGAUUGUCGGGUGGAGGAAUUCGGAACUGGAUUUGUUUGUCUUGACUGUGUUGGAGGGUGUGGAGCCACGGAAUGUCGACAAUGCUCUUCGCGCAGGCAUCCUCUUUCGCAACAGCCCGCACCCAAUUGUGCGCAUCUUUACAUUGUGUGGACGAUCGGCGAUGCAUGUUCUAGGCUCGACCAACUCCCCAGACCCGCCCAGUGCCUUCAAUCCGUCGCAUCUCUAUGUCACUACGACUCCGGCUUGUAAGGUGCCACGGAUCUGGUGCCCUCCGGAGACGAAUCUCUCGGUGCAGGUCAUCAUGUUUCACCGGCCGCAUCCGACUCGGAUGGAGUACAUGUCGCUGGAUCCGAUCUCGUUGGCGCUGGGAGAUAAGGUGGUCACGGCCGAUCAACCCGAUGCGGUGUCCAGUAAGAUCGAUACCGAGGAGGAGCACGACAAGGGCAAGGGCGGGAAAUUGGUGGAGAAGCUCAAGCUUCAUACCGUCGUGAAGCAUGUCCCGUCUCUAAAGGAGCAAGCAUUGCCCCUCAUCAUCAACCAGGUCAAUUGCGCCUACGAGAUGGGCAAGCUGAUGGAGAAGAACAGCCAUCUGAUUGGAAUCCGGGUCAAGAGAAGCAUGAGUGUCGGAGAGCGGGUCGUAGAGUCUGCGACAACCCUGUGGGACUUGUUCGUUCUCGGCGUAUCCUACGUCUUCUGGCAGUGGAUCUGGCCGGUAAUCACCCGGAUAUUUGUUGUCGGGCUCGUGUUUCACCGCACCAUCGCAGAAAUUGUCCUGCAGAUCCUGGAGUGGCGCGCUCGCCCCGACGCUGCUGCGCUCAAGGACAUCUCUGCUACCGCUCAGCAGGUUGACAUCCGCCUUCAACAAUUCUGCUACUGGCCCAUUCAAUAUGUGAAGCUGCGACAAAGGAAAGAUAAUUGGGAGAGUGUGACAACUAGUCAUCCGGACUAUAUUCGAUUCUACAACAGCCUGUGGCUUGUGGCUAAUGAUGUGAUCAUUGGGAUCGCGUUGGGGUCAUACAUCAUAGACAACGCCAACUGGGUCGCUUUCCAGAUCAACUCCAUCUUGACGGGCUGGACAGUGGAGGGGCUGCAACGUACCAUAUCCUGGCUGAUGGACUGGCCGGCUGGCCUGAAAUUGAACAAUGAGCUCGCUGCGUUCCUUGGAGAUCUCUUUCUAUGGGUGAUAGAGAACUGGGCAGGUGGCAUGCCGAUUGCCCUGUUUUCCGACCUGGUGUCUAUCCUGACUGUCCACAUUUACUCCUUCUACAUUGCAUCGGCGCGGAUAUUCAACUGGCAACUGACCAUUAUCAUCUCGCUUUUCCAUCUCUUCCGCGGCAAGAAGCGAAAUGUGCUCCGCAACCGUAUCGACUCGUGCGAUUAUGAUCUCGAUCAGCUGUUGCUGGGCACUAUACUGUUCACUGUCCUUUUCUUCCUCCUGCCAACUGUGAUCGUCUUUUACCUCGCCUUCGCAAGUGCGCGAAUGUUGAUCAUCUCACUGAAAGCAGCGCUUGACACCUGCCUAGCCUUCUUGAAUCACUUUCCGCUCUUUGCACUGAUGCUACGAGUCAAAGACUCGCGACGAUUACCUGGCGGGAUCCGUUUCGAACUCCGGCAAGAGCACGACAAGUCUCCUGCAACCGGCAAGUCCACGACUAGUGUACCGUAUAUCCAUUUCGAGUCCAUUCCGCUCGCGCUUCGUGCCAUGUUCGACCAGUACUUCCAAUUGGGCCAUCGUCUCCGGAAACACUACCUCGCCCCGCGGGUCAUCUUCUGCCUCGUCACCGGCCGCUUCGUGCCUCCUAUCCACCGUCGCAACCUCUACGGCAUGCAGUACAGCAUGCUCCCCGCGCGCCGUGCUACCAUGAUGGAGGUGUGGUCCAUGUUGACACAGCCCCGCAAGACUAGUAGUGGAGGCAGCAGCUCCUCAUCGAUGGGUGGCGGAAUUGGCACGGCGGCGAAUGGGAUCCUGAAGGUUCCGGGGACCUUCGGACAAGGGGAUCUGCGGAGAAGAGGCCAUCGAUGA